UGAUCGGAUCCAUCACAAGGACAGCCAUUUUCUGAUUUUCUGCCCUUGCCUUUGCAGUUUCCAGAACCAUUUCCAGAACCAAAUUCUUUAUUCAACAACAAGUAGUAAGAUAAUCCUCCAAGGUAUCCAAGAUAAUCCCCUCCCCCCCAAGUCCCAAGCUGGAGCAGCAUCGAAUAGGUAGCUCUGGCUUACCCCCUUCAAUCCCUCCAAUAGUGUUGUCUUCAACUUCUUUAGCUUCUUUCUUGCUUUUGUUGUCUAUGGCAUAGUCAUAAAUCAUUGAAUUCGAAAAGCGGCUCGCAAUUCAGUUCACUAUGGCAGAAUCUAUCAGUUCGCAGUACGAAACCCUGGAGAAAAUAGGACAUGGCUCCUUCGGCGUCAUUCGAAAGAUCCGACGGAAGUCAGAUGGCAAGAUCCUCUGCCGAAAGGAGAUCAGCUACUUGAAAAUGUCGCAAAAGGAACGUGAACAGCUACAUGCUGAGUUCCAGAUCCUCUCUACUCUCCGACACCCCAACAUUGUUGGCUACUAUCAUCGCGAACAUCUCAAAGAGACUCAAGACCUGUAUCUUUACAUGGAAUAUUGUGGUAAUGGCGAUCUCGGUCGGGUGAUUAAGGGUCUCGCCAAUCGCAAGGAGUACGCCGAGGAGCAAUUCGUAUGGGAGAUAUUCUCACAGCUAGUCACUGCCUUGUACCGAUGUCACUACGGCGUAAAUCCUCCGGCGGUAAGCAAGAAUGUCCUUGACAUAGUGACGAUGGGGAAAACAAAAGCUCCGCAGGGAGCUGUCACAAUUCUCCACCGAGAUCUGAAGCCCGAGAACGUCUUCCUCGGAGAGAACAAUUCCGUCAAGCUCGGUGACUUUGGUCUAUCCAAGAUGAUACAAUCGCACGAUUUUGCGUCCACAUAUGUUGGAACGCCUUUCUACAUGUCUCCCGAGAUAUGCGCCGCUGAGAGGUAUACUCUUAAGUCAGACAUCUGGUCACUAGGAUGCAUAAUAUACGAACUCUGCGCGCGUGAGCCCCCAUUUAACGCCAAGACUCACUUUCAACUCGUUCAGAAGAUCAAGGAAGGAAAGGUCCCACCGCUUCCAAGAGUUUACUCGGGGGAGCUUAUGGCCGUUAUCAAAGACUGUCUCAGGGUCAAUCCAGAUCAUCGCCCUGACACGGCAACCUUGCUCAACCUUCCGAUCAUACGCUUGAUGCGUAAAGAGCGAGAGGCUGUAGAAGCCAAGAUAGAGUUAGAAUCACGCAACAACAUGCUCAACAAUAAGCUAAAGCAAGUCGAAGAGAAGCUAGCCAACAUCGAGGCCGAUAAGUUGAACUACCGACAAGAGAUCGACUCUCAGUUGCGACGAGAGUGGGAGGUCAAGGCUCGAUUAGAAAUCGACCGCCUUGUCAAUGAAGAGAUAGAACAACUCCGACGACGUUUCGAAGCCGAGGUAGACGCGCGGGUACAAGAAGAACUACAAAAGAAAAGGGUCUCGUUCGGACCGGUCGAGACUCAUGAAUUUACAUCAUCUCAAGUAUCCAGGACGAAUUUCUUCCUGUCCAUGGCUGGUAGUACGGACAGCGAGUUUCCCUCCACUACAGAUAUUACCGAAUUUUCUGUUAACUCUCCCGAAGAACACCCUCUUAAGCGCAGCACACGGGCGCCGUUUGCCCGCGCUCAGACUAUGUUCGAGCGCAAUCCCGGAACGCCAAUGUCGAUGGACAUCGACAUGGCAUCCCCAUCCCCAAUGGUUGCUAUUGCAUCCCUGUCCCUAUCCCCACGACGAAAUAUCGCUACUAAGGCCCCAACCGCAAACAAGCCACCCAUAUUUGACUUUGAAGAUGAAGAAGAGAUCCGAUCAGGUAGGAGAGAUCCGUUCUCAUCUGAUUCGGAUGACGACGACGAUCAUGUAAUCCCAUCCCCGACUCGCCCACCGCGGACGAAUAAGAAUCCCUUCGGCCCCCAACGUCCAAUUCUUCCUUCAACGAAAUCGGCUCCUAUCAACCGUCUAAGAAACCAAACCACCACGGCUCUUAACAAGCCAAACCCUCCUCUAACUACCUCUGCUCCCGAGUUCCGAAUCCGGGCUAAGCCUAGCAAUGGUGCUUUGAGGGAAAAGGGCGAUUCUCCUAACCGACGGCUCAGCAAAAUCCCCUCGGUCGCCAAUCUUAGCAUGCAAAAUGCGGAGAACGGUGGACAACGCAAAUCCUCGCUUAAGAAGGAACCAGAACCAGCGCCCACCAAGGUAGUAACAAAGAACAACAUCAAGGGCCGCACUCUUGUUGAGCUCCAGCAGGCUAGAGCCGGCGGUCGACCAGUCGAGUCUGUGAACGUUAGCCCCAAGCGCAGUUCCAAAGAUCGAUUCGCUGAGCCCGCCGUUUGGGAUCCGGAGAGGGACGAGAUGCCGAGCCCGUUCCUAGCUCGGAAGAAGCAGCCGUCCAGGGUAUAGUCUACCUGGUAACGAAAGAAGAAACCACGCUCUCCUCAUCCUCCCUUUUCUCCGGGUUAAUGUACCAACGUAAACGAGUCCCAUGAUGAUAUACCACCACCCGGCUUGACACAGCGUCGCUUUGUCGAACCUCUUACUUUUUUUUUCUUUUGUUCAUAUUCCAGAGGGUGGCUAAUUCGGAAAGGUGUCCGGAGGUAAUGAUGACGUUUCGGUGUCACAAAGCAUAAUCGCGUCGUUGAGAAUUGGCAUGGCAUGGCUGGUUACAGAACAGGCGUUUCGAUACAGAGGAGAAAGCUUCGUUUUAUGAGUUUUUUUUUAUCUUUUAUUCUUUUCCGGCGUACUUGGCUGAAUUGAGGACCGGCAGAUCCCUCAGGCAUAACCUGUGUAUAACUCGUUUGCGAAAUGUCAUUUUAUGCUUUUAUGAAUCCUCACUAAUGCUAGAAAACUUAAAGACAGAGCUGGCGCGAUGCUAUUGCUCGUCGCUAUUAUUCGAUAUCGUCUGCUUCGAUACCGGAUGAUGCCGUCCCUUGCUCGGAUACACGUUUGGAGUAAGGGGAGGUGUGUACCCGGUAUUAAGCGGACUAGUUAUGACUUAUGAUUAUUUAAGUGUAUUUAUCUAUUCAUUGCGUUCGUUGU